AUGGUACUGAUUAAAGAACAAGCUCCUGAAGAAUGGAGGCCUGGUGUGGACCAGACAAACCCAGAACCCCUCAACAUAAAAGAGGAAGAGGAGGAACCUUGGACCACUCUGAAGGGAGAUCAACUCAAUGAAAAGGAGGAGGCUGAUGACACCAGCUCUUCUGUUACUUUAGUAUCUUUGAAGAGUGAAGAUGAUGAGGAGAAGCUUCUGUUCUCAAAGCUUUAUCAGUAUCAAAUAGAGGACAGUGACCUACUAGCCAGCAGCUCAGCUUGUCAGAUGGAAGCAGCAGUCGAUGGAGAGGACUGUGAAGGAACACAAACUAGCAGGAACACAGAUGUAAAUACUCACAAAGACAGUUCCAGCUCUUCAGAGACUGAACUCAGUGAGGAGUAUGAAGAAGACGAGGAUGUAAACAAUCUUGACUCUCGGCUAAAGAACGUGUCAGACUCUGGGUCAGAAAAUGAAGACAGUGACAAAGAGUGGAAGGAGAUCAGGGCUCCAGAGUCAGAUACAGGAGAGAAACCAUUUACUUGUGAUGUUUGUGGUCAAAGGUUUAGCCACAAGCCGAGUUUAACUAGACACAUGAGAAUCCACUCUGGAGACAAGCUGUUUGCUUGUGACGUUUGUGGACAAAACUUUAGGCAGACCUCUCAUUUAAAUACCCACCUAAGAGUCCACACAGGAGACAAACCAUUUGCUUGUAAUGUUUGUGGACAACGAUUUAGCCAUAAGACAUCUUUAAACACACAUGCAAGAGUCCACACAGGAGACAAACCAUUUCCUUGUGCUGUUUGUGGGCAAAGAUAUAGUCGAAAGACAUCUCUUAACACACACAUGAGAAUUCACACAGGAGACAAACCGUAUCCUUGUCGCGCUUGUGGGCGAAGAUUUAGACGAAAUGCCUCAUUAAAUUUACACAUGAGAGUCCACACUGGAGAUAAACCAUUUGCCUGUGAUGUUUGUGGACUAAGAUUUAGUCAUAAGUCAUCUUUCAACAUGCACGCAAGAGUCCACACUAGAGACAAACCAUUUCCUUGUUCACUUUGUGGUCACAGAUUUAGCCGCAAAACAAAUUUAAAUGCACACAUGAGAUUUCACACUGGAGUCAAACCAUUCCCAUGUGAUAUUUGUGGACAAAGCUUUCGGCAAAUGUCACAUUUAAAGUCACACAUUAGAAUCCACACAGGAGAC